AUGUCCAAGAACUAUGCAAAAAAUAGUUCAACAACCAAUAGUGAUAAAUUAGAAAUAAAAAGCAAGUUUGCAGCCGAAUUCAAAAGAUUAUCCAUAUCCAGGUCGGAUGCUAAAAAUUAUGAAGGUUUUAAAGGUUUAAUUGAAACUUAUCACAAUUUAAAAGAAAUACCCAUCGUAAUAUCGUACAUAGAUCCAAGCGAUCACGAUUUACUACCCAUAAACAAUGAUGAUAAUUUGGCAAGAGCUUUACUCAUAGCCAAACCACUGUUAAGACUCAUAAUUCAAAGAAAAGGAGAGAGUUUCGAAGAACUGAAUGGGUAUGGAACAUUCAAAUCGAAAAAUUUCAUAUCCAGCAUAUUAAGUGGUACGACACCAGGUGGUAGCAAAAGGUAUCCUCCAAUUUCAAAUCCACAUGAUUUCAGAAAAGUUUCAGAAAUAAUAGAUGUGGAUGUUGUGCCAGAGGCUCACAGGAGAGUCAGAUUACUUAAACAUGGAUCUGACAAACCUUUAGGAUUUUACAUAAGGGAUGGAACUUCUGUCAGGGUGACUCCAAGCGGAUUAGAAAAAAUGCCUGGAAUAUUCAUAUCGAGGCUGGUACCUGGUGGAUUGGCUGAAAGUACAGGUUUAUUAGCUGUUAAUGACGAAGUUUUAGAAGUGAAUGGAAUUGACGUGGCUGGAAAAACUCUUGAUCAAGUGACCGACAUGAUGGUAGCAAAUUCAUCAAAUUUGAUAGUGACUGUAAAACCUGCUAAUCAAAGGAACACAAUGGCACCCUUACCAAGAAGGGGUUCAUUUAGUAGGACUAGUCAAAUGUCGAAUAAUUCUGAAGAAAAAUUUGAUGAAGAGGAUGUUGUGGUCACAUAUUAA